AUGCGUCGCUGCGUCACUAGCCUCGCCGGUGCUGCCGCGGACGUGGGCUCACUGACGUUUGACGUCAUCGUGGUUGGCGGCGGCGCCAGCGGCUCCCUUAUUGCCGGUCGGCUGGCGAUGGAGAACCUCAAGACACUCGUCAUCGAGGAAGGCGCAGAUAUCCGCAAGUUCCCUGAGUGGUACCACACGCUCCCGGCCAGCACCAUCGCCCACCGUGUGGCUCAGCGCGGCUUCGAAGCCAAGGACACCCUGACGACGCCGCAGCAGCAUCCGGACGGUGUAACCAAGGCUCCCGUGUGGAUUCCGACUCCGCGGGUUCUGGGCGGCCACGGUGUAAUGGGCAGUCGUACGUGGAACCUCGGCGAUGAGCGCGACUGGGAGGGGAGCCCGUGGAGCUUCCGCAAUGACCUUCUGCCGCGUGUGCGCACCUUCGAAAACAUGGAGGUGUUUGUGCCGCACCGCGGCAAGCGAGGGAAGUUCCUCAUUUGCCGCCCGUCAAACUUCUCGCCGUACUUUAAGGCGUUCUGCGAAGCGGCAUCGCAGGACGUGCCGCUCGUGAGUGAGUUCACACGCAAGGAGUUUCAGGUCGACUGCGGCUGCGGAAGGCCUGACACGUUUGUGGACCAGUCGCUGGGGGUGGCGAACACCACCCUGCAGCGGUACCUGCUCGGUACAAUCAAGCUGAACCGCCCUGUUCGCGUGGAGUGCGGCGCCAAGGUGGUCGGUAUCCGCGGCAGCGGUGGCAACAGGAACAUCGCUGCCGGCAUCUCUAUGCGGCGUGCAGACGGCCAGCUGGUGGAUGUGGAGAGCAGCCUUGUAGUGGUGAGUGCGGGUAGCAUUGGCAGCGCGCGGCUGCUCACGGCGUCACGCGGCAGCGUCGAUGUGAACGCUUCGGUUGGGAAGAACUUCUGGGAUGUGCCGCAGGUGGUCUUGCAGUUCCACGUAAAGAACCGUGAUAGCCACAACUGCUACCUAGACCCGCUUGUGUGCAAGGUGCUCUGGGCAGACCUUUGGUGCGGUCGGCCGCAGCUCAGCCUCCGCUCCAGCUGGGAUGACCUCAUUAUGUACUGGUCCUCGACCGGGUCAUCGACGCCAGAUGUCGAGAUCCAUUUUCAGCCAUUCACGCUUGCGAACGACGGAACCCAGCCGAUGCCGAGCGAGCACGGCUGCCAGUUCGUUGUACGGCCCCUGCGGCCGCGCAGUCGCGGGCAGGUGAGUGCGAACGGCUCCCUUGACCCCAGCUACUUCAGUGAGGCCGGGGACCUUGCCAUAUUGCAGAAAGGCGUCGCGUAUGUGAAGAACUGCCUCGUGAAGAAGACACCCUUCCAACCGAUCAUUGGCUCCCUCGCACACGAACGCUUUGAGUCAUCCGGCAUCAAUGGCGGGAGCUGCUCUGGCGCAGUUGACCCGCAGAACUGUCGCCUCAGGGAUGUGAAAAACGUGUACGUGUGCGAUCAUAGCAUUCUGCCGAGCCCACUAACUGGCAGUACACUCCCCUACACGUUAGCACUGGCGGACCGCUUUGUGGACAAGCUGCUCCAGAAGUGCGAUGUAAAGUGCAAGAUGGAGGAGGGGCCCGAUGAACGGGCAACGCGCAUCGUCUAUUAG